AAAAAGAGGAGCAAAAUGCCGAAACCAAUCAAUGUAAGAGUAACUACAAUGGAUGCCGAGCUGGAAUUUGCAAUUCAGCCCAAUACAACUGGCAAGCAACUUUUUGACCAGGUGGUUAAAACAGUUGGUUUGCGUGAGGUCUGGUUUUUUGGGCUGCAGUAUGUGGACAGCAAAGGUUAUUCUACUUGGCUUAAACUAAAUAAAAAGGUGACACAGCAAGAUGUUAAAAAAGAGAAUCCUUUACAGUUCAAGUUUAGAGCGAAAUUCUUUCCUGAAGAUGUUUCUGAGGAGUUAAUUCAAGAAAUAACCCAGAGACUUUUCUUCUUGCAAGUUAAAGAAGCUAUCUUAAAUGAUGAAAUAUACUGCCCACCAGAAACUGCAGUUCUUUUGGCUUCCUAUGCCGUCCAGGCCAAGUAUGGAGAUUAUAAUAAAGAGAUUCAUAAACCAGGCUACCUGGCUAAUGAUAGACUCCUACCCCAACGUGUUUUGGAACAACACAAACUGACAAAAGAACAAUGGGAAGAAAGAAUACAGAACUGGCACGAAGAACAUAGAGGAAUGCUAAGGGAGGAUUCUAUGAUGGAAUACCUGAAGAUUGCGCAAGAUCUAGAAAUGUAUGGAGUCAACUAUUUUGAAAUAAAAAAUAAAAAGGGAACUGAAUUGUGGCUAGGUGUUGAUGCUUUGGGUCUGAAUAUUUAUGAGCAUGAUGACAAGUUAACACCUAAAAUUGGUUUUCCUUGGAGUGAAAUAAGAAAUAUUUCAUUUAAUGACAAAAAAUUUGUUAUAAAGCCAAUCGACAAAAAGGCACCUGAUUUUGUUUUUUAUGCUCCUCGUCUGAGAAUCAAUAAGCGGAUUUUGGCUUUAUGUAUGGGAAAUCAUGAAUUAUACAUGCGAAGAAGAAAGCCUGAUACUAUUGAAGUACAACAGAUGAAGGCCCAGGCUAGGGAGGAGAAACAUCAGAAGCAGUUGGAAAGGGCACAAUUAGAGAAUGAAAAGAAGAAAAGAGAAAUAGCAGAAAAGGAAAAGGAAAGAAUAGAACGUGAAAAGGAAGAAUUAAUGGAACGUCUAAGGCAAAUUGAAGAACAGACAAUGAAAGCACAGAAAGAAUUAGAAGAACAGACUAGAAGAGCUCUAGAGCUGGACCAGGAACGGAAACGAGCAAAAGAAGAAGCAGAACGGCUUGAAAAGGAGCGUCGAGCUGCUGAAGAGGCCAAGGCUGCUAUAGAAAAACAGGCCGCUGACCAGAUGAAGAACCAGGAACAGCUAGCAGCAGAACUUGCUGAAUUCACUGCCAAGAUUGCACUUCUAGAAGAAGCCAAGAAGAAAAAGGAAGAGGAAGCUACUGAGUGGCAACACAAAGCUUUUGCUGCCCAGGAAGACUUGGAAAAGACCAAAGAAGAGUUAAAAACUGUGAUGUCUGCCCCCCCUCCACCUCCGCCACCACCAGUCAUUCCUCCAACAGAAAAUGAGCACGAUGAACAUGAUGAGAAUAAUGCUGAGGCUAGUGCUGAAUUAUCAAAUGAAGGAGUAAUAAACCAUAGAAGUGAGGAGGAACGUGUAACAGAAACACAGAAAAAUGAGCGUGUUAAGAAACAACUCCAGGCAUUAAGUUCAGAAUUGGCUCAAGCCAGAGAUGAAACCAAGAAAACACAAAAUGAUGUUCUUCAUGCUGAGAAUGUUAAAGCAGGCCGUGAUAAAUACAAGACUCUGCGACAGAUUCGACAAGGCAAUACAAAGCAGCGUAUUGAUGAGUUUGAAGCAAUGUGAGAGCUGUUAUUUUGCAUACACGUUCUUCAUAAGCUGAACCACCAACAGAGAAAAGCAGGCCUUUGCAGAUGUGAUGGAAUGCAUCCCACCUUGCCAAAGCACUUAUACCAGUUUGACUGUGGUGGCUAAGAGACAAAUUUAAGGGGAGCUCUUCAACAUUAAGGCAGUGUGAUAUCAUGUGUGGUUUCUUUUUUUUAGGCCAGGAAAUGGAGUUCAGUGUUCCAUCACCACCUUU